CCAGCAACCAUGGCCCAUUACAAGACGGAACAGGAGGACUGGCUCAUUGUCUACCUGAAGUAUUUGCUCUUCUUGUUCAACUUCUUCUUCUGGGUGGGCGGGGCGGCGGUCAUGGCCGUGGGCGUGUGGACCCUGGUGGAGAAGAGCGGCUACCUCAGCGUCCUGGCCUCCAGCACCUUCGCCACCUCCGCCUACAUCCUCAUCUUCGCGGGCGCCCUGGUCGUGGUGACCGGCUUCCUGGGCUUCGGCGCCAUCAUCCGGGAGCAGCAGAGCUGCCUGUCCACGUAUUUCUGCCUGUUGCUUGUCAUCUUCCUGGUAGAGCUGGUGGCAGGCGUCCUGGCCCAUGUGUACUACCAGAGGCUGAGUGAUGAACUGAAGCAGCACCUGAAUCGCACCUUGACUGAGAACUAUGGGCAGCCCAGGGCCGUGGAGAUCACAGCCUCCGUGGACCGUCUACAGCAAGAUUUCAAGUGCUGUGGGAGCAACAGCUCGGCUGACUGGCAGCACAGCUCCUACAUCCUGUCUCGGGAGGCUGAGGGCCGCCGGGUGCCCGACAGCUGCUGCAAGACAGUGGUGACACGCUGCGGCCAGCGGGUCCACCCCUCCAACAUCUACAAGGUGGAGGGAGGCUGCAUCACGAAGCUGGAGCAGUUCCUGGCUGACCACCUACUGCUCAUGGGGGCGGUGGGCAUCGGGGUAGCCUGCCUGCAGAUCUGCGGGAUGAUUCUCACCUGCUGCUUGCACCGGAGGCUCCAACGGCACUUUUAUUAA